UAGGCUGUUCUCUUGUCUCAGAAGGUGGAGCUUCUGAGCUUUUAUAACCUUGAACCACACAAAUUCAGGCCUCACUCUGCUUGAGAAGAACUUUCACAUGUCCAGCAGGACUUCCAGCAGGAAAGCAAACACUUAGGAACAUGGCUGGGAAACCUAAGCUUUACUACUUCAAUGGAAGAGGUCGAAUGGAAACCAUAAGGUGGCUGUUGGCUGCAGCAGGAGUCGAGUUUGAAGAACAACUUAUUGAGGUGAAAGAAGAUCUAGAAAAAUUAAGGCAGGGUGGAGACCUGCUCUUUCAGCAAGUGCCCAUGGUGGAAAUGGAUGGGAUGAAGAUGGUGCAGACCCGAGCUAUUCUCAACUACAUUGCAACCAAACACAAUCUCUACGGGAAGGACAUGAAGCAGAGAGUAUGGAUUGAUACGUACUGUGAAGCUACUAUGGAUAUGAAUAAAUCAAUAACCAUGCUUCCCUUCAAGCCAGCUAACAAGAGGGAGAAGGCGUUUGCAGACAUUAUUGAAAAAGCCACCACCAGAUACUUCCCAGUCUUCGAAAAGGUCUUCAAAGAUCAUGGGCAAAAUUUUCUUGUUGGAAAUCAGCUCAGCAGAGCGGAUAUUCAAUUGCUUGAAGCCAUUUUAACAGUGGAAGAGCUGAAGGCUGAUAUUCUCACCAAAUUCCCUCUUUUAAUGGCUUUUAAAGAGAGAAUAAGCAACAUACCUACAGUCAAGAAAUUUCUGCAGCCCGGUAGCCCAAGAAAACCACCAAUAGAUGAAAAGGGUAUUAAAAAGGCAACGGAAGUUUUCCACUUAAUUGACGACUAGCAUCAUAGUUGAUGCACUAUUGUAGCCACAGGCAAAGCACUAAAACUGAAAUGGGACAACACUGUUUCGCCUCAGCAAGCUGUCCUAAGUUAUAAAAGAGUCCUUAACUGUUAACAGAUGAAAUAAUAGUUUAAUGGGAAUUGUCUCAUUUCAUUUUGUUCAUUUACUUGGAGCACAACCUCAGUAAAGCCCUUUGAUUCCUUUAUAACAAGAGUUUCUGCAAUAACAACUCAAAUAAUUUUUUGCAAACACUACCCUCAGCUAAAGCACACAUGA